CAGAGGGAGGCGCGGAGGGCUGGCGGGGUGGCGGCGACGUAGUGCGACCGCGGAGCGAGGAGAGCUCGCAGAAACGUUCCCGAAACUAUGGUGUCUCGCGGCGGUAGAGGCUGAUUCGAGGCGGUGCUCGAGGGCCAACGGCAGCGGCCUGUCAGUGAGAGCUUUGCAGUGAUAGUUGUCAGAGUGGUUUGUGACAAGAGAACCGUAAAUUACAGAGUAGGAAGUGAGGAAGAAGCAGUUACCAGGUUGUGCGCGAAGGGACUCCUUAGAAGGGAGUGAGAAAGUCGAGCCUGAGGGCCUUACCGCCUUCCGUCCAAGUGUCCUCUGACCCUUGACCUGCGUACGGCACAAUGUUUUCGCCUGACCGCUACACCACCCGCCGCGUCUCCUUCGGCACUGUGGAGGACUCAGGCCAGAGAAAUUAUAUUGGUCUCAAGACGGCGUUCAGGACAAAAUCCACGAGGACGCCCCUGCAGCAGGCCGCCCAUUUCCGUUUCUCCGAGCCCGUCACACCCUCCAUCGAGAAGGAGCGAGGCCUCAAGCCUUCCGACUUGAGUGACCCACACAAAAGGCAGUUCCUCACCGAGCUCACCAACAGGGUAUUCCACCUGGCAGUGACGGGGGUCGAUGGCGAAGGAGACAAGAAGAUCAGCUUGGAGCGCCUCUUCACGCCCGCCACAGACUCCGGGGACCUCACGCCCAAGAGGACUGCUUCGCGGAAAAUGUAUUCGUCGUCCGCCUUCUACCGGCCCGACCACCCGACCAUCGACGACCAGGUGGAGCUGGCGCAGCGCAUCUCCUUCUCGCUGGUCGACGACAAUAAUAAGAUGAGCCGCGGGCAAUCCAUGUACCUGAAGCGAAAGAACAGGUCCAUGCGCUGGAUCCAUCAAGGUUCUGGGGCAGGCGGUGAGAUGACGGAGGAGGAGAUGCAGCGACCUUUGGAGAAACCUCCCAUGAAGUUGCUCAUGAACCCCAAGGGCGUGCAGGACUUCCAGGCCGUGCAAGAACACUACGAGAACCUUAUGAACGCCCCAACCAGUCCCGAUGUCGGCAAGAUCGUGAUCCAGAAUCCUGUUAUUGCCGCGAGUCCUUCUGGGAAAGGUGCCGAGCUGUUCGCCAAGCGAAAGAAGCGAAUGGACAAAUUCAUCGUUGACGAGACGACGGUGCAGAAGGCGCAGCAGCAGACGACGUCCGUUCAGCAGACCUCCAGUUUCAGUUCGAGCUUCAGCAGCAGCAGCAAAAGUGUCAGCAGCAGCAGCAGCUUCAGCAGCAUGAAACAGGCGGAGAUGGAGAGGAACCGACAGCAGGAGCAGAUAAUGUUCGCCGCCCCGCCCAUGGGAGGAGCGCCCACCGCACCCGCGGCCGCCCCUGCCUCAGGACCCUUCAAUCUCCCAGAACUCACAAAGAUCUUGACCCAACCUCCUAAGUCAGAAUUCUCCAAGUCUAAAACAGAAUCCUCCGAGCUUAACCCAGUGGCAUCUAAGACUAGUCUAGUGGCACGCAAGGCUAGAAUCUGGCAGCCAAGUGGCAACACGCUGACAACACAGCAGCCUAGGCGGGCAGAGGCUCAUGCCCCUCUGCCACCAUACCCCCUUACCCGAAACCCCGUUCUUGUACCAGUUCCAACUGCAACCUCAACCUGCCCCUCACAGAUAUCAGCACAAUCCUUUUUAUCCUCUGGCCAAUGCCCACCCUCUACCUUGUCAUGCUUGUCAGCUAAUCCACAUAUCAAUGAAAACACCAGUAAAGUAGCGCCUCUAUGUCCCACAACAGUUUGUUCACCUCGCAUUCAGCCAGGCUCCUUCACUAGCCUGCAGUUAUCUAAAAUUAGCGAGUGUCUAAAAUCGUCCUCAGCCUCUUCUAUGUCACCUGAAAAGUCUUCUGGGGUUCCUGAAUCAGUUAUAAGUCCAGGUGGAUCAAUAGCUAAGAAUGCAAAGGCUGAUCAUAAACAGUUAAGCAACAGUUUCUCAAGUACACCGAUCAGUACCUUGAAUGUUAUGUCUGCUCCCCUCCCUAACACCACCACCCCUCUUCCUUCCGCUAUUAAGGAUGCCUUUGGUUGCAACACUGUGUUACAAUCAUUUUCUUCGAAAGUGCAUUCCUCUCUCCCAAAAAGUACCCUUUCUGAUAGCAAAGGUGCCUCCCUGCCUACCUGUAUAAAUCCAUCUCUUGCUGUCACUACUGCGUUUUCUCUGUCUGCUGCUCCAAAGGAAAAAAUCUUUAGUGACAAAUCUGCUUUUCCUGCUUCUACGGCAGCUUUAUCUCUGUCUGUCACUUCACCUCUUGUAAUCCCUGCAUCUGUUGCAUCCAUAUCUGAUGUUCAGGACUUCACCAGCUCUGUUGCAACCUCCAUUGCUAUUGCCGUUUCAUCUGGAAAUGCACUUCAAACAAUUUCUGCCAAAAACUGCACAUUUACUACUCCCUUGACUGUCACUGCCCAGUUCUCGGAUUCCCUCUAUAGUUGUAGCCUGGCACCAACCCAACUCAGUUCAGGAAUGAAAUGUGAUCCUUCCUCGGUACUCCCUAAUCCUGAUGAGCAAAAUCAAUGUCAUAGCAUUAAACUGUCAUCACCACCCUGGUCACACAAAAAUAUUGGUUUUGACUUUCCCGAAGAUUCCUCUCUGAUGCAAACUGAUCAGGAAGUAUCUCUUUCAAACCCUGAAGAUUUAGAUCCCAGUACUCAAGCUUAUUGCGAUGUCAGCACCCAAGGUGAUCAAAUCAUCCAAUCAAACAAGAUUAACUGCGCUGAUGAAAGCACCUGCGAGCCUAAGGCUUCCAACCAUACAAGCGACAAUAAGCCAUUGCGACCUACCUCCCUACCACUUAUCCCACUAUCUCAGCUUGUAAACAACGUGGUCCCCUACUCAUUUGGUACCCCUGCCCAAUCUGUGCUUAGCACCUCUCCCUCUGCUCUACAUAGUUUACUUCCAGAAAUAAAUGGUCCUGGCCAGAACACUCUAACCUCCUCUGGCUCGACUGCAUGCUGUACUAUAGAUAGCACAUCAUCUUUUUGUUUAGAGCAAAGUCCUCAUUGCAAAAACACUUUUACCCAGAAGCUUCACACGCCAAUAAUGUCAGUUGUGACAACUGUUCCUAAUGUUAUGUCUCCAGAGGGAAGGAAAGUGACCCUAACUGGGCAAUCUGUGAAACUCCCUUCUGCACUCGUUCUCCCUAAGGGCUCAAUAUGCCCUCCCGCAUCCAUGAUUGUUUCCCCAGAUUCACGUCGAUCGCGGUCUCCCACAGGCAGGCAAAAACACGACACUGUGGAUGGUAAUUUCGAUGAAUUAGGGACUCCUUAUUGCCUCAUGAAAUGCAAUGCCGAAGGUACACCAUAUAUUUGCAAUCAACAAAUUCAGAUAAUAUCGUCGCACAUGCCUGAUUGUAAGACUUUUAUUGGAAUGAGCAAUGUAGAACCACAAGUGUCAUUUGGCUCAGAGUCAGAGCAGUCCGAUUACAGCAUGAAUCUUAUGGAAGACGAUGAUGAAUUAGAAAACAUUGAUGUUGUUGUUCCUGAGAUUCACAUAGCGCCAAUUCACAGGCCUUCCAUAGAUGAAACUGAACUUAGGAAAUAUUUAGGCGAACUUGAGGAUAUGUUCAAACAAAACCCCGAUGAAGUGUCCUCAAUUACUGUGGAUGAUCUAAAGCCCCCAGACUUCUAUCGAAGUGUCUCACGAACAAGCCUUAAUCAAGAAGUAGAAGACGGAACUUCUUUACUCUUUGAUGAUGAUUCCAGUGGUAGUAAAUGUAAUUUAAGAACACUAACGCCUUUCGCUCAGUUGAGAGUUGAUGUGUGUCAAGAUCAACGAUUGCAUAAUGAUAAACAGUCGAGAGAAGAGGCUUCCCCUCUACCAUCUUUGAAAUGCGUUGCACUAAAUCUUUCUGAUGCCUCGAAUCGUGACGGCGACGACUCUGGGGAGCAGGAGAGGCAGUCCGCCUCGGCCAUGGUGAUCGAGGAGGGCCAGGAGAGUGAGAGUCAUAGGGAGAAAAAAGAUACGGAGCAGAUUUGUGGUUAUGUAGAUGAGGAAAGGAGUACCAUGGAGGCAUGCAAGGAUAUCGCACAGCCUUGUGAAAGUCCAUGGCUCCGUAGCGCAUCCCAACCAACUUUCCUUCAUCAAAAGGCACCAACCCUCCCACUCCCUCCACAGGCACAGGCGCCAUCUACACCGCCGAGGUGAAGGUUGUUCAACGGGCGUCCCUUCCACCUACACCAGUUGACAUCCCACAACACUCGCUGCUGGACCUCGUCUCGCAGGACUCGAGCGUCAACAAGCGCCGCUCCUUGAACUUCAACCUGGCGGCCAAGGGCUUCGGCACCUACAAUAACUUCUAUACGCCUGUCACCUUCGCUACUUAGAUAAGAAUCUGCGUCAGCGGUUUCUCGAGUUGCAGAAAGGAAAUGAACGUCAUUCGGGUCUCAAACCUUUUGGAGGGAGCUUGUUAGAAGGAGCGGGGUUUCCCAUCGAACGAAAGUCUUUGUUGUAUAGUGGAUCAUUCAUUGCUCUUUAUUUGUGUUAAGGAUUUCAAUGUUUAUCCAAUUUGUUUAUCGGCCUUUUGGCAAAGGCAUGGCACAUUUGUGAAUUUGCUGUCGAGAAGAUCUUGUUAUAUUUAGGGUGAGUGAAGCUAUUCAUAAAAUUUCAUUAAGUAAUUAUGGUUAGUUAUCCUCUCUGUUGAUUAUUUUUCCUCUUCAUUGUAUAGUUCACACAUAAUUUGUCUACAUUGGAAGUAUUAUCAUUUGUAGUUAACUGUGAACGUGUAAUAUUGUCCUUUUGUGAUAAGUUCAUUCUCCAAGAUUUUGUCUCCCUUAAAGAGAUGAGAUAAAAUGAGAUUUAGGUAUAUCUUUAAGGUCGUUUUCCCUUUGGGCAACGGGAAGGGGCAGUCCAGCCCUUGCCAAGUCCCACAGGCUGAGCGCUUCACUCGCGUCAUUUCUCAGUCUCCUGCAAAUUGAAUUAGCAAGUCUUUCUCUGGCUAAUUUCCUGUCAAGUGACACACUCAACUAUGAGCCUGCUCUAAGUGAGCUUGUCACCUGUGAAUCAGCCGGAAUUAGGGCUGCGAGUGAAGGCUCAGCCAAAGUCACCAGGAAUGUUUACAACCUCUGCUAUGCAUGUAUGGUGCAGGUGGACCUAGAGCAACACUGGGCGACCUCUCGGUCAUUAAUAAAAAGGCAAUCUCUGUUCCUUAUCGCACGAGCCACUUUUUUUUCUUUUCUUUGGUCCCCUCUUACCUCUCUUCCUCCUCCUACGUGCCUCCAUCCUUACCUCCUCUCCAAGACAUCCGAAAGGGAAGUCGAGAAAGAGGGUGCGGCUCCCUGAAAACAAGAGAGGCUUGUCCCCGCCCGGAGCUCGCCCGCGCGUGGUGCGGAUGGCUGCCUGACUGUUCCUGCCUUGCUGAGACUCCCGCUCUUGUCCGCCGCAGGCAUUCGCACUACCUGCUGAGUCCCCUUCUCUCUGGUCCAGCUCACGAUGCACUCAAGCUAUGUAUCUUGUGCAAAAAUUAAGAUAAAAUAAAAUAAAAAAACAGACAUAUAC